AUGCAUCUCAUACUUCCCUUGCUCGGCGCCUUCCUUGCCUACAACAUCUACCUCGUGUACUACCGCCUUUACCUCUCACCCAUAGCCCACUUCCCCGGCCCAAAGCUCGCUGCUGCAACAUACUGGUACGAAUUCUACUACGACAUCAUCCUCGGCGGGAAAUACAUAUGGAAGGUGAAAGAAUGGCACGGGAAAUACGGACCAGUGAUUCGUAUCAACCCGGGUGGACUCCACGUUGCCGACCCAACGUUCUGGGACGUUGCGUAUACGCAUAGCACGGAUCGCAAUAGAAGAGAUAAAUGUACGUGGGAAACGUGGGGCAUUGCGAUCCCUACUUCUAUGCUGGGCACUGCACCGCACGCGUUGCACAAGAUUCGAAGAACCUCCAUCAACCCGUUCUUCUCGAAGCAGAACGUGCGGAAGCUCGAGCCGGGUAUUGAGGAACGGGUUCAGGCUUUGGUCAGGAAAUUCAAGGAGAAAGGUGAUGGAGGGGAGGUCGUGCAGAUGGCGUAUGCGUACUCUGCUUUCGCUAAUGACGUCGUGAUGCAGUACUGCUUUGGUCGAUCCGAUCACCAUAUUGAAGCGCCAGAAUUCGACCCCUCGUUCCACAAGACAUCGUUCGGCGCCGCUAGUGCAAUCGCGCUGUUGAAGCACCUGCCCUGGUUCUUGUUGAUCAUGUGGGCCCUGCCAGAGUCUGUGGCUAUGAAGAUGGGCGACGAGGUUUCUGCGAAUGUCAAGUUGAAGAGAGAGCGCGUGGGACAGAUCGAGGAGGUCCGAAAAGCUGGCUUUGAGAAGGAAGAUGAAGAAAACAAGACUGUCUUCCAUACCUUGUUGCAAAGCAACCUGCCUGCAAAGGAAAAGGAAACAGAACGAUUAGCCGAAGAGGCUGUCCUUCUGGUCGGAGCGGGUACACACACGACAUCGUUCAUUCUCGCGGUCGUCACAUUUCACCUUCUCUCCAACCCUUCCUUCCUACAAAAGCUUCGUGAAGAGCUCCGUACAGUACUUCCAGAAGUGAACAGCCACGCGCCGCUGAUGCAGCUGGAGAGGCUUCCGUUUCUGACCGCGGUGUUGAAGGAGGGUUUGAGAGUAGGUCACGGCGCAGUGGUGAGGAGUUCUCGCAUCGCAGUAGACACAUCGCUGGAGUGCGGAAAAUGGACAAUACCAGCGGGCACACCAGUCGCCAUGACCAUUCCACUCACGCACUGGAACGAAACAAUCUUUCCAGAUCCGCAUACAUUCGAGCCCCAUCGCUGGCUGGGCGAUGACUCAGCUCGUCUCGACAAGUACCUGGUCGCGUUUUCGAAAGGGUCAAGAGGUUGUGUAGGCAUAAAUCUGGCGUGGGCAGAGCUGUAUAUGUGCACUGCGGGAGUAUUCCGGCGGUUUGGCUCCAAAGAUGUGAGGGAGCCUGGGGACCUUGGUUAUAUGGAGCUGUACGAGACGGACGUAAGCGAUGUGGAAAUGGUGAGCGAUCGCUUCUUCCCCGUAGCAAAGGAGGGCUCAAAGGGAAUACGUGUACGAAUGUCGAGUUGA